AUGCGAUUCUCACACGUACUCCUAGGAGCUGCAGCUGGAGCUGGCGUGCUGGCUAGUCCCACCCCGAACGACUAUGUCGUGCAUGAACGUCGUGCUGUCCUACCUCGCUCCUGGACGGAGGAGAAGAGACUGGAUAAGGCCUCUAUCUUGCCUAUGAGGAUUGGUCUCACUCAGUCUAACCUAGAUCGCGGUCAUGACUUGUUGAUGGAGGUAUCUGAUCCCCGCUCGUCUCGCUAUGGACAACAUCUCUCCGUCGAGGAGGUCCGCAAUCUCUUUGCUCCGAGCCAGGAGACCGUCGAUCAUGUUCGAGCAUGGCUUGAGUCUGAGGGCAUAGCCGGCGACCGCAUCUCUCAGUCCUCGAACGCGCAAUUCCUGCAAUUUGACGCGAGUGCAGCGGAAGUUGAAAGGUUAUUGGGUACUGAGUACUAUCUUUAUACACAUCAAGGUACAGGAAAGUCACACAUUGCUUGCCGGGAGUACCAUGUCCCCCACUCAUUGCAACGGCAUAUCGACUACAUCACCCCUGGCAUCAAGCUACUAGAGGUGGAAGGAGUCAAGAAAGCUCGGAGCAUUGAAAAGCGUUCAUUGGGAAGCCCGCUACCACCAAUUCUUGAGCCGCUGAACCUAUCUUUGUCCGAGCUGCUGGGUAAUACAUUAUUGUGUGAUGUGGCUAUAACGCCACUGUGUGUAUCAGCUCUCUAUAACAUUACUCGCGGCUCAAAGGCCACCAAGGGCAAUGAACUGGGCAUCUUUGAGGAUCUAGGGGAUGUUUACAGUCAAGAGGAUCUCAACCUGUUCUUUUCAACUUUUGCACAGCAAAUUCCCCAGGGCACUCAUCCCAUCCUGAAGGCCGUCGACGGCGCUCAAGCCCCAACCAGCGUGUCCAAUGCAGGGCCAGAAUCCGACUUGGACUUUCAAAUCUCGUAUCCCAUCAUCUGGCCGCAGAACUCCAUCCUUUUUCAGACAGAUGAUCCAAAUUACACAGCAAACUACAACUUCACUGGCUUUUUGAACACCUUUUUGGAUGCUGUCGACGGAUCCUACUGCAACGAGAUCUCCCCUUUGGACCCGCCGUACCCCAAUCCCGCCGACGGCGGCUACGAAGGCCAACUCCAGUGCGGCGUCUACCAGCCCCCCAAGGUCCUCUCCAUCUCGUACGGCGGCGCCGAGGCCGACCUCCCCAUCGCGUACCAGCGCCGCCAGUGCGCCGAGUGGAUGAAACUCGGCCUGCAGGGCGUCUCCGUCGUCGUCGCAUCCGGCGACUCCGGCGUCGAAGGCAGGAAUGGUGAUCCCACUCCUACUGAGUGCCUCGGGACGGAAGGUAAAGUCUUCGCCCCGGACUUCCCAGCCACCUGUCCCUACCUCACCACCGUAGGCGGGACCUACCUCCCCCUCGGCGCCGACCCCCGCAAGGACGAAGAAGUCGCCGUCACCUCGUUCCCCUCGGGCGGCGGGUUCAGCAACAUCUACGAGCGCGCAGACUACCAGCAGCAAGCCGUCGAGGACUACUUCUCCCGCGCCGAUCCCGGGUACCCGUUCUACGAGGGCGUCGACAACAGCAGCUUCGCGGAGAACGGCGGCAUCUACAACCGGAUUGGACGCGCGUACCCGGACGUCGCAGCCAUCGCGGACAACGUCGUUAUCUUCAACAAGGGCAUGCCGACGCUUAUUGGCGGUACCUCUGCUGCUGCGCCGGUGUUUGCGGCCAUCCUGACUAGGAUUAACGAGGAGCGGCUCGCGGUCGGCAAGUCGACCGUGGGAUUUGUGAACCCCGUGCUAUAUGCGCAUCCCGAGGUGUUUAAUGAUAUCACGCAGGGGAGUAACCCGGGCUGUGGCACGCAGGGGUUCUCAGCUGCGAAGGGAUGGGAUCCGGUGACGGGGUUGGGAACUCCGAAUUAUCCAGCACUUUUAGACUUGUUCAUGAGCCUGCCGUAG